UAAGCUAAUUUGUUUCGAUAUGUCUAGACUAUGGUAAUACUAUAUAUGUAUAAACUAUAGUUAAUAUUUUACUAUCUAAUACUUUUGCUUAUGUAAACUAGACCUACCAUAUGUCUUGAAAUUGGAAGUGGCUCUGGUGUAGUUAUGACUUCACUUGGCAAAGUUUUAGGCCCAUCAUAUUAUUUGUGUGUUGAUCUGAAUCCUUUUGCAGCUUCUGCUACCAGAGCAACAAGUCAGAGAAAUAAAGUUCCUAUUGAUGUCGUUAUAUCAGAUUUAGUCGUUUCAUUUGAAUCUCGUAUUCAAAAUCUAGUUGAUCUACUUAUUUGCAAUCCACCAUAUGCAGUUACACCGAGUGAAGAGGUUGGUGGUGAUAAUUUGCAAAAAGCAACAUCUGGUGGUUUGAAAGGCAGAGAAGUAAUGGAUAGACUAUUUCCUUUUGUACCAAAGCUGUUAUCAAAGAAAGGCAUAUUUUAUCUUACUUGUAUUAUUCAAAACGAUAUUCGUAAGUUUUCUUCAAAUAUUCAGUUUUUUAUUUAUUGUUUUUUACUUUCCUGUGUAAUGAAUUCUGAAAUAAUUUUUCUACAAAAUGAGAUUUUAUAA